AUAAAUCACGGCUGAGAAAAAAGCAAAGUCCGAGCGGCUGCUUUGUGCACUGUUAUCAGGUGAAAGAUCCACAUUAUGGCUCGGCGUGUUGCUGUGAUUGGAGGAGGAUGCUCUGGACUAACCUGCAUAAAGUGCUGCUUGGAUGAGGGUCUGGAGCCAGUGUGUUUUGAGAGCAGCGAUGACAUUGGAGGACUCUGGAGGUUUAAAGAGACACCAGAGGCUGAACGCUCCAGCAUGUACCGCUCACUGGUCGUAAAUACCUCAAAAGAGAUGAUGUGCUUUAGUGAUUUCCCCAUGCCAGCACACUAUCCAAACUACAUGCACCACUCCAUGUUCCUGAACUAUCUACGGCUGUAUGCUGAGCACUUUGACUUGCUCAAGUACAUUCACUUCCAGACAACAGUGCUCAGUGUGAGACAGAGGCAUGACUUCUCUCACACAGGACAGUGGGAGGUGGUAACUGAGAACAGAGAUGGACACAAAGAAACACAGGUGUUUGAUGGGGUGUUUGUGUGUUCGGGAAGCUUCACACACCCUGUUACACCCCUCUCAGCGUUUCCUGGAAUAGACACGUUUCCAGGGAAGUGCUGCCAUAGUUGGGAAUAUAAGGAUCCACAUCCAUUCCAUGGGAAGAGGGUGGUGGUUAUUGGCAUUGGCAACUCUGGUGGAGACAUUGCUGUGGAGAUCAGCAGAGUGGCAGAAAGAACUUUUCUGAGCACGCGCGAUGGAGCAUGGAUUGUGAGCCGUUCAUCUACUAGAGGCCUGCCUUUGGACAUGCAACUUACACGUCUGAACAGCCUUCUGAUGCAAGUGCUUCCUCGACCUCUGCUCAACUGGGCAUUAGAGAGAUUGUACAAUCAGAAAUUUAACCACAGGCUGUACGGACUUCAGCCCAGCCACAGCCAACCACCCGUUACAAAUGAUGACCUACCAGAACGCAUCCUUCAGGGGGCACUGCAGGUGAAACCAAACGUGCGAGAGUUCCGAGGCUCGACUGUUGUAUUUGAUGACGAGGCAGUUGAAGAUGGGAUAGAUGCAGUUGUCUUCUGUACAGGAUACAGGGCAAGCUUCCCAUUCUUACUGUCUUCAGAGAACAACAAUCCUGUGGGGGAAGUGAGCCUCUACAGAAGAGUCUUCCCUCUGUACAUAGAGCGCCCCACACUGGCUUUUGUUGGGUUACUCACUUCCUUUGGACCGCUAAUGCCUAUAAUGGAAAUGCAGGCACGAUGGGCCACCCGAGUCUUUGCAGGUUUAAACCAACUUCCUCCUCUAUCAAUUAUGCAUAAGAUCACUGAGAAAGACUGGAAGGCAAACAUGAAAAGAUACUCUUGUCCAAAGAAAGCUGUUCACUUUGUGGACUAUAUCCCUUACUUGGAUUCCAUCGCACGGGAAAUCGGUGUGCAUCCCAACUGCUUGUGGCUGUUCCUGACCGAUCCUGGUUUGGGUUUGAGGGUUCUGUUCGGCCCCUGCACCCCAUACCAGUUUCGGCUGCAUGGGCCGGGUCAGUGGGAUGGAGCUCGUCAGGCCAUCCUCACCCAGUGGGAGCGUGUAGCCCAGCCAUUCAAGACACGCCCCAUUCCAGAGCACAAAACUUCUGGACUACGUUACUGGCUGAGUCUGGCAGGAGGGGUGAUGGUGAUUUUUGCUCUCAUUGAAUUGCAGAAGAGAAAUAAACCUUUCUUCAGUACCUGAUUACAUAUAGUAUGGCCUCCAUAGCAUAGUCUGCUUUAGAGUUUUGCAUUUAAAUAGAAUGAUUUCUUUUUUUAAUCCAAAAUUUAAAUUUAUAUUCGUUCUUUGACAAAUUGAGGUUAAUAAUAAUCAUCAUUAUCAUCCUCAUAAUAGACUUUUUCUAUUUGACAAUAACAAAAAGAUAAAUAUUUCUGUCACAUAUAUAAAAUGUAACAUUACUUAUAUUGCUUAUCUAAAUAUAAUAAAAUAUACAGUACAAGUCGAAAACACACUUAUUCAUGAAAGAUUAGUUUUUAUGUUUUAUUUUAAUUACAUCCACAUUUUAGAAUAAUACUAAAACUGUAAAAUAACACAUAUGGAAUUAUAGGAUGAGGGAAAAGUGUUAAAUACAUCAAAACUAGAUCUUUAAAAAAAACAAAAAAAAAAAAAACACCUUGAUAGAUUAUGAAACAAAUUUGUCAUUCUCUUUUUUUCUUUUUUUAUGCAAAUAAAGAUUUUUUAUGCAAAUAAAGAUUGAUACGUAAUACAAAUGCAUAAUACAUAGUGACAAAUACAUAAUAAGCGAGGCAAACAAACAUACAUAUCAACUGCCAACUUGACAAGUCUAUUAUGAUAACUCCUGUAUAUAUAUAUAUAUAUAUAUAUAUAUAUAUAUAUAUAUAUAUAUAUAUAUAUAUCUGUGUAUGUGUGGUGUGUGUAUGUAAGUGUAUCUGGGUGUGGGAGUGGAAGCAUAAAAUGAAAGGAACCUUUAUAAAUGUAUAACAGACAUAAUAAUAAUAAUAAAAACUAAUAAUAAGAGUAAGAAGAAGAAACUAAUUUAAUCAGGAAUGAGGGUGGGUUGGAGGAUGAGGAAGAGGACAAAUAAUAAUAAUAGUAGUCUAAUAGUAGUGGUAGUAGCAGUAAUAACAAUAAUAAUAAUAAUAAAUUAUUAUCAGACUGCCUCUGAUCCUUCUGUCAAUAUAGCAUAAGUUAGUCCCCCACCCAUGUCUCACCACAGCGGGCCAUCAAGGAGAUAUGCCGCGGGGCACGGGUCCCAAGGCCCAACCCCCAGGACACUCACCACCCCAGACCGCCACACACAUGCCACGCUUACCAUGUUUUGUUUGGUUGUUUGUUUUUAUGUGUUUAUUGUUAAACUCAUAGUAGAGUUGUGUGUCAACUAGUGUGUGAUGCAUUAAAAAAGCAAGGCGUGCAGUACAGAACCAGCCCACUGCAAAGCCCAUGCCACUACACCCACGCCACACUUACCCUGUGUGUGUUUUUUCCUUUCUGCCUUUUCUUUUUCUUUGCAUUCUUUGUUUAAGCUCUUAAUAGAUGUGUAUGUAUCUCAGUUAAUAUGUGAUGCAUUUAAAAAGCGAGCCAUGCAAUGCGGAACCAGCCAAAGGCAAGGAAUCCUGGGCGAAAGAGUGCAGGAAGCCAACUGGGGUCUCGCAUGAUGGAAUGAUGGAUUUUUUAAAAAUCUUUAUAUGUAUUUAACUAGGUUUAAUAUUAAUCAGUGUUGUUACCUUUUCCUACCACCUCCCCCAAUCAUAUGUGGAUGUUGAUGGAGGUGUAUCAUUGAGGUUGGUCUCAGACAAAGAAGGCCAGUGGAUUCAUGACUGUUGGAAAGUAAUGAGAGAUGACCAAGAGGGGUGUAAUUCUAGUGUAUUGUUUUGAAUGGAAGUGGACAGGUUUUCCAUGGAGAUGUAAUCUGUUAGUAAGUUUUUCCAAGAUGCAAUAUGUAUGGUGUUCCUUGAUUUCCAGUUCAUGAGGAUAGUUUUCUUGGCGAUAGUUAGAGCCACUAAGAGUAAUUGACUGUUUGUGUUGUUUAAAUUGAUUAUGGAUGUGUAGUGUGAGCAGGUUUCUGAAGUAAAUCCCAUGCUAAACAAUUAAUAAAUUAGAUAUUAUUGCAGAUUUGUGUCCAGAAAACAGCAUCAGGGGUAAUGGAUAAGUAUGAUUCCCAUUUAGCAUUUGGUAAGCUUAAUGUUUUGUCUGAUUUUGAUAUUAUUCUGUAUAUUUUGGAGAGUAAUUUUUGAGGACAUAUUAGCUCUGAUAUUGAAGGGGAAAGGUUUAGGUUACUGGUCAGACUGUCGAUUUUAGAUUGGAUAGAUGAUUUGAUUUGUAAGUAUUCCAAAAAACAUUUACUCCCGAUGCCGUGUUUCUGGACCAAGUGAGAAAAUGGUGCCAGAUUAUUAUUAUGAAAGAUAUGUUGAAGUUAAGGAUAAAGUGAAUUUGUAAAGAUGAAGUUGUGUGAUGCCCUUUUCUGCCCAUGUGCGUAAGUUGAUUGGCUUCUUAUUAACUGUAAAAUCUGGGUUAUUCCAAAUGGGGGUGAAUUUAGAUGGUGCAAGUUGGUUGUUUGUGAUUUGAUGAAAUUUCCACCAGGCUGUCAGAGCUGAUGCUAUUGUUGGUGUUUUAAAACAGGGGUGUUUUUUUUUAUUGUCUGACUGUAAAAGGGUAAGUCUGAAAUGUGAAUGUCCUUACAAAUUGUUUGUUCAACAUCUAACCAUGUGUUUUCUGAUGGGUUAGGAUGAAUCCAUUUGUACCUAUUAUGAAGCUGAUUGGCCAGAUAGUAGUGGUAGAAAUGCGGUGCUUCUAAUCCUCCUUGUGUUUUUGGUUUCUGUGGGGUAGUCAAUUUAAUUCUUGGGGUCUUAUUUUUCCAGUAGAAUUUAGUAGUGAUUGAGUCUAGUGAUUUAAACCAGGUGAGGGUGGGUUGUGUUGGAAUCAUUGAGAAUAAAUAGUUUAGAUUAGGGAGUAUAGUCAUUUUAAUUACUGAUAUUCUGCCCAUAAUGGAUAGUGGUAAGUUCAUCCAGCAUUGAAGAUCAUCAUUGUUUUGAAUAGUAAAAUUAAGUCCAAACAGCUCGGCCGGCCUGGAGGAAACAUUAAUCCCUAAGUUUGUGAUGUGAUUGGUGCAUAGAGGGAUAGGUGGUGUCUGGGAUGGCACUUCCAACCUCUUGGAAUAUAAUGAAGGAUUUACUCCAGUUGAUUGAGUAUUCAAAAUAUUAGAGAAUGAAUCAAUGAGUUUAAUCAUUUCUUGUAAUGAUGAUGGGGGUCUUGUAGAUACAGUAAUAAAUCAUCAUCCUAAGUAUUUGAAUUCCUUUAAUGUAGCUAUUUUGAUGAAUAGCUGCUGCUAACUGUUCAGUGGAAAUGGUACAUAGUGAAGGGGAGAGUGGCCAUCCUUGUCUAGUCCCCUGGUGCAGUGUGAAGCUACGUGACGUUCUGGAUGGAUUAUAGCAAUGAUUUUGCAGAUGAUUUUAAUGUCUACAUUAAUUAGAGAAAUGGGACGAUAGCCUGAUGGUAAUGUUGGGUCUUUAUUGGGUUUGAGAAGGAGUCAAAUUGUGGCUGUGUUCAUGUUAGCUGGGAGUUUUGAUUUUUGUUUUGAUUCACUUAUCAUUCAAAUGAAGAGUGGUGAUAAAAUUGACCAUAGGUGUGUGUAGAACUCAACAGGGAAUCCAUCAGGACCUGGUUCUUUAUUGUUCAGCAUGCUGCAUACAUAAUAUCUGGGAUUGUUUCUUUUUCCUUAUUUCGCUUUGCCAAUUAUUUACCAGAUUUAUAUCUGUGAUGAAAGUCUUCUUGUCUUAGCCUGUGUAUCAGGAAUUGGAUAUUUUUAUUGAUUAAUUCAUUUAGUUUGAAUUUAUAUUUUCUAAAUUUAUUCUCUGUUUAUUCUGUUGGGUUAUUUAUAUUGAUGUCUUUGUUUGAUUUUUUUGUUCCAGUUCUGCUUCUUGUUCCUUUUCUUUCAUUUUUCCUCUUAGUACUGCUUUUGCUGCUUCCCACAGAAGAGACGGAGAUGAUACUGGAAUGUCAUUCAUUAAUAGAAAGCAUGCCCACUCUCUUAUAAAAUAACUGUCAAAUUCAGGGUCUUUCAGAAGAGAUGUGUUAAAGCUUUAUCUGGUAAUGGGUUUAUGUGGACUAUUUCUAUUCCAUUUUAAUGUUACCAGGGCAUGGUCUCUAAUGAUUAUUGGAUGGAUCUUUGAAUCUGAAAUAUUUGAUGUGAUAGAAUUACUGGUGAGAAACAAAUCAAUGUGGGAAUAUGAGUGGUGGACUGGUGAGAAGAUUCUUUAGCAUUUGGAUGCUGUAUUCGCCAACUAUCGCCAAGACCAAAAUCACUUAUGAGUCGUCUGUGUUUGGGCCAUAUAGGUUACCAAUUGUGACUAGGCUAUUAUUAAUUGAAAUGUAUAAUGAAAUGUCCUUUGGGGUCUAUAAUGGUGGUGUUAUUAACAAAUGAGACGUUUUUUAACUUAAAAUGCAUACACCUCUUUGUUUUGUGCUGUAGUGAGACGAAAAUUAAUGAUUGUACUUUAAUUUAAUUUUGUUGUAUUUUAAUUUUAAUUUAAUUUUGUAAUAUCUGAUUCUGAUUCUUUCCGUUUCUUGCAGAAGGCACAUGUCAGCUUUUAGUUUAUUUAAAAGGUUCAAAACUUUGAUCUUCUUUGUCUGAGAACCAAAUCCACAAAUGCUCCAGGUUAGAAAAGUGAUAGAUGAUAUGUUUUUAAUGAGGAAAUGGAAAAUAAACAUAAAUGUAUCAAUGUGUGAGCAUGUUAGUACUGUAUAUGUAUAAGUUUGAGUGUAUAAAUUCAUGCAGUUAUGGCAGUGUGUAUAUGUGUGUGCAUUGCGUAUUGCUCACUGAAUCUGUAGUUUGGGCCUUUAAGUUGUCUGUAUUGCCUCAGCUCUUUUUGUUUAUGGUGUUCAAAUUAGAAAUAGAAUGAUUUCCACUCAGUAAUUGUCACUUGGAAAUGGUAUUUGUGCAUAAAUAAAAAUCAUGUGAAAGGUU